AUGUUAGAGUCUCUUGUCGCCAAUAUCCUCAAUAGGGCCCUUGGGGCUUAUGUUGAGAACUUUGAUCCCAAACAACUCAACAUUGGUAUUUGGAGCGGAGACGUCAAGUUGAAGAAUCUGAAGCUCAAGAAGGAGUCUCUCGAGAAGUUUGAACUUCCUGUAGACGUCAGAUUUGGUCAUAUUGGAGAAUUGACGUUGCAAAUUCCAUGGUCCAAUUUGAAAAGCAAACCUGUCAAGGUGCUGAUCGACGACGUUUUCUUAUUGGCUUCUCCUCGGAUUCUGACCGAGUUCGACGCUGAGGAGGAAAAGACUCGCGAGUUGCGUAUCAAAAAGGAGAAAUUGGAGGCUUUGGAGCUGGUUAGCAAAAAUACGCCUUAUACCGAAGACGAGCAAGCCAAGAAUGAAAGCUUCACAGAGAGUUUGGUGACGAAAAUUGUCGAUAAUUUGCAAGUCACCAUCAAGAAUAUUCAUUUCAGAUAUGAGGAUGACCACACGUUCACAGAAAACCCAUACACUUUGGGUUUCACCCUGACAGAACUGUCUGCUGUGUCUGCUGAUGAAAAUUGGAUUCCAGGAUUCAACGACGGAGUCACCAAACUCGCACGGAAAUUGUUGACAUUGGGUAGUCUCAGUGUCUAUUGGGAUACAGAAAAUGCCUCUACUGAACUGACAGAUCAUGAAGAGCUCAUCGAUUUCUUCAAAACCAUCAUCGAGCGUAACUCCCAGUUCAACAACGAUGCGCAAUAUAUUUUGAAGCCUGUUUCUGGUUUCGGUCAUCUCACAGUCAACAAACAAGGAGCAACCGAGUCGUCUCCUCAUUACGCAGGGAAAUUCUUCUUUGAUGAGUUUGGUCUCGAUUUGGACAGCCAUCAAUAUCGCGAUGCAUUGUGGACAGCUUCUCAUUUGAGUUGGUACCUGAGAACACAAAAGUUCAGAAAGAUUCGUCCAAGAGGAACCGUUGAAGAUGAUCCUAAGAAAUGGCUCCAGUAUGCAUUCAAUUGUGUUUAUACCGAGAUCCAUGAAAAGAACUAUAAGUGGACCUGGGAAUACUUCAAGAAGAGACGUGACCAGCGGAAGAGCUACAUUGGUCUCUGGAAACAGCAUCUUGGAGAAAAAAUGACACCUGCCUCGCAAACGGAACUCAAUGAGUUGGAGAACGAGCUCGGAUACGAGGAUAUCAAGUUCUAUCGAUCCCUUGCACGCAUGGAGUAUCGCAAAGAAAAUGAGACUGCAUCAAUCAUCCAACCUGUUGCUCAGAAAGCUCAACAGGGCUGGUUUUCUUGGUGGGGAGGUGGAGCCACUGAGCAGAGUGAUCAAGAUUCGGAACUUACAAUGUCUGAUGAGCAAAGGAAAGAGUUUUACGAGGCCAUUGAGUUUGAUGAAAAGAAGAAAGCUGCAGAUUCUAUCGACAUUCCAAGAGAACGGGUCAUCAUGGCAAUCAGUUGUAAUUUGAAGAAAGGAUCUUUUGCAAUCAGAAACGCCAAGGGCCAGCCAAACAUGGCAGAAAUCGUUUUUGAAGGAUGUGACGCCGACUUCUUCCAGCGUAAGGAUUCGUUCUUUGCUGGGUUCAAGCUGAACGAGUUCAGAGUCGAGGAUGGUUCUGAUAACACGCUUUACAAACACAUUGUCAGCGUCAAACCAUUAAAGUCAUCUGUGGAGGACUCGGGUAUACUGUCUCAGGACUCUAUGCAAGAACCAUUCUUCCAGGUUUCGUUUGAAAACAACCCAUUAGACGAGUCCGCGGACUCUGCAUUGCUUGCCAAGAUGAAUAGUAUGACGAUUUUUCAUAACCCAAAGUUCAUCGAAUCCAUUGCUCGAUUCUUCACACCUCCAAAGAUCCAUUUGGACACCAUUGGAAUGCUCAUGAAUGCUGCCGAAUCGACAAUUCAGGAUUUCACGAAACAGACCCGAAUUGGUCUUCAAUACGCAUUUGAAGAGCAUAAAACCAUCAAUUGUAAGAUGGAUCUUCAGGCCCCGCUCAUCAUUGUACCUGUCAAUCCAGGAAGUUGGUCGUCUCCUGUUGCAGUUCUAGAUGCUGGUCACAUAAGCAUAGUCAGUGAUUUGGUUAGCAAAGACCAGAUCAACCAGAUCAAAGCAGAGAACAAAGACAACUACACGGCUGAAGACUGGGAGCGAAUGAACUCGUAUCUUUACGACAAGUUUGAUCUGAUGUUGCAGGAUGCGCAGAUUCUGAUUGGAUCGAAUAUCAAGUCGACCAUCGAACAAUUGCAUCAAACUGGCGAUAGACCAGCUCUGAUCUUAGAAGAGUUCAGUAUGAAGUUUCUGGUUGAGUUAUCCAUUAUCCCAAGCUAUUACAAUCUUCCAAGAAUCCGUGUUGGUGGAGAUGUUCCUCAGUUCCGAGCAAUGUUGAGCGAUUACCAGUAUAAAGUGUUCAUGGAACUGAUCGAGGUUGCCAUUCCUAAUUUUAACUUUGAAGAUGAGAUUGCGGAUGAAGGUGCCACAGAUCGUUUCAAGUCUCUCAUAACGGAACAGACUCUUGCUGGAUCGAUUGAGGAACUUGACGGUGAUACAAAAACUCCCAACUCUGAAAGCUCUUCGAUUUCUACGAAAGUACAACCAUCUUUGGAGAUGGCAAAUAAGCAGCAUCAAAUUGAGUUCAACUUCAAUAUGGACUUGAUAUAUCUUUCGUUGAAUCGGUGCUCCAACAGUGAGACUUUGGAAUCUGACCGUUUGGUUGAUCUUAUUGGAGAAAAGCUGAGGUUGAAAUUCUUCAAAACCGCGUUGGACAUGCAUGUUCAUGUUUUGCUUGAAGAUCUUGCAAUUGAAGACUUUAUUGAACGAUCAGAAUCUGCAGAGUUCAAGUCGUUAGUUUCAUCCAAACUUAACAAAGACGCUGCGGAUAAAGAGAACCUGUUUGAGGUCCAUUACUCCAGAACUCAGCGUUUAGUGCCUUUUAAGGGUGAAAAUAUUGAAGUUUACGACCAGAAAGUUGAUCUUGAUAUUGCUGAUUUUAAAGUGGUUGUCACCAGAAAGUCUUUAUUGACUCUGCUAAACUUUGUGCUCAACACUUUCACAGACCCUGAAGCUCCUGAAACGUCUGCAGAUAAACUACGUCACAACAACGAAAACGAAGUCGCCACAGCUCCUCAACACAUCGAUGUGCAGAUAACGUUGCAGAGUAUUAUACUGGUUUUGAAUGAUGAUGGAAUCAAAUUGGCAACUAUGACAUUGCAACAUGCCGAUAUUCAAUGUUUCCUGCUUCCCGAAAAGAUGAAAGUUAGUGCGAAAAUCGGUGGUUUGUCGUUGUUUGAUGAAGUCAAUGAAGGUGCAUCCAAAGACUCACCUUUGCGUCAGUUGAUCACUAUUCGUGGUGACGAGCUUGCGGAGUUUUACUAUGAGACUUUUGACGCUGCUACCAACAAAGAAGCAUAUAAUACCAAGAUCACUCUCAAAACAGGCUCUGUGGUUGUGAUGUUCGUUGAAGAGCCAUUCACCAAAAUCUUCACCUACUUGAACCAAUUCCAAAAAAUGAAGUAUAUCUACGACCGUGCACGUGAGACUGCUUUGAGUCAGGCAAACAACAUUGAAGAUGCCAAUUUGAUGAAGUUUGAUGUUUUGGUAAGAGCUCCGAUUUUUGUUUUCCCGAAGAUUGUUGAUCCAGAAAACGACGUAUACGAUGACAUUACUGCCAACCUGGGAGAGAUAUAUGCUGUCAACGAGUUUGAAAAGAAAGAUGGUUCCAUGCUGAAUUUGAUUUCUACAGGACUCCGGAACACCAAGCUCACAUCGUCCUUCUCUGUUAAUGGUAAGACUCAAAACCUGGAAAUCAUUGAUGGUUUAGACGUUGGGUUCGAUAUCAACUAUUGCGAGAACCUGAAACUUUCACGUCCAACAAUGAUUGUCACUGGUGGAGUGACAGGCAAGGAGAUGAAGUUGACGGAAGUUCAGGCCAAGUAUCUGCUUCAAAUCUUCAAUCAAGUUCCAAGAGUCUUUUCAGGAGGUGUCAACCAAUCCAUCGAAGAGAUCGAGACCGACGCAACAAAAACAAGCGGAAAUUUGCUUGGGUCAAAGCCUGAACCUGCUGUGACAACUGUGGAAACCAAGCCAAUUGAAGAAGUGGCUCCUGACAAGAUCUCGUUUGAUGUCGACUUCAAUAUUCCAUUGUUGGCAUUGACUAUCUACAACAGAACUCUUGAUGCCCCAACUUUGGCAGGCAAGUCUCUUUCCCGAUUCUCGCUGAACGAUAUUGGUAUCAAGUUUGAGAUGAAACACAAUGGUAACUUCAAGUCAGAUCUCCAUAUCCGCUCUUUUGUCAUUGAGGACGUUCGUGAAAAUAAAGACAACAAGUUCACCAAUAUCAUUCCGCCAAUCUCGCCAACUGAUUACCAGUUCAUGGCUUCUGUCAAAUCUGAAGUUCGCGACGAGAAGAAAGUUGUGGAUGUCAAUCUUGCGAUUGACAAUCCAAAAGUCAUUCUUGCUCUGGACUAUCUGUUUUCUCUCAAGGAGUUUAUGGAUUAUGCUGUUUCAACCAAAGAAGAGUCGCAUCCUGACUUGCAGGAGCUAGAGGAAUUGAGCGAAGAUGGUUCCUCUGUGCCAGAACAGGUUGCUACCACCCGUCAAAAUGAGACCAAGCCAGAAGAGUCAGACAUGAUUCUCCAGUAUUCCGUCAACAUUGUUGAUCCUUCGGUGAUUGUGCUUGCAAAUCCUCAGAACGAAGAUUCUGAAGCUAUUGUGUUCAAGAUCAGUCAAUUCAUCGUCACCAGUCAAAACAUUCUAAAUGUGAAUGCAAUUGGAGUUGGAAUGUUCCUUUGCAAAAUGGAUGCCUACGAAACCAGCAGAUUACGUAUUGUUGACGACUUUUCGGCCAGCUUCAACCUGGAUUCUCGCGGAUGUACCCCUACCCAGUUUUUGAGCUCUAUUCAAAUGAACAUCGAUCCACUUCUAAUGAGAAUCUCGCUGAGAGAUAUCAGACUGGCACUUGAAAUCAUCAAUAAAGCAUCUGCAAUGUAUGCCAAGAUCCAAGAAACCGCAAAAGUUGAUGAGGAAGCUUCUGCAGCUCCUGGAACCAAAUAUGUAACGUUCCCAGACGAGCUUGGCAAAAAGCUUUCCAAGUACGCUCCUUCGAUCUUGUCUUCGGUUUCUAGAAGCACGCAUCAAACAGAAAUUCCUUCUGAGGAGCCUUUGGUGAUCAUCAAGGGUGAAAAGAUGAACGCCAACAUAGCUGGUUUGAGACUCGUCGUUAUUGGUGAUGUGCACGAAUUGCCGGUUUUGGAUAUGGAAGUGAAGCCUUUUGAGCUGGUUGCAAAGAACUGGUCUACGGAUCUUGAGGCAGACACCACUAUCAAGUCUUUGGUGAAUAUUUUCAACUACUCUACGUCUUCGUGGGAGCCGUUGUUGGAACCUUGGUCAUUCAGUGCACAUGUUUCCAAAGUCACUGAGCCUUCUCCAUCCUUUACUGUUGAUAUUGCUUCGCGGGAAUCUGCUGAAUUGACGGUCACUUCCAGAAGCAUUGCUCUGCUUUCGAAUAUCAGUUCAUUGAUCACUGAGGAAGCCGAUUUCAAGCCUCGUGGAGAAGAUGCUCCUUACAGAAUCAUCAACGAAACAGGGUACGAUCUACAGAUAUGGAUCGAUGAUGGAAACCCUUCAUUGAAAGACCGCCAACAGCUCACUUUAUUGAAAAAUGGGGACACUGUUCCGUGGUCGUUUGAAGAUUGGCGGAAAGUCAGAGAAACUUUGCAUGUUGACACCGAGUCCAACUUCAUAGGUGUUGAGAUUGUUGGCUCUUCGUACUCUUGGGUUCGUAGAAUCUCGUUACGGACUGAGGGUGAAGAAGUGUUCAUGUUGAAUCCAAAGCUGGAUGCUGGCUACCACAACAGACUUGCCUGCGAAGUGGUUUUAGAAGAAGACAAAGUCAAGAAAGUCUACUUGAAAUCUACUGUGACUAUCCAGAACUUUACGCAAUCUGCCAUUCACAUUGGAACUAUUGAUUCAAAAACAGAGGGAUCGGUCAACAAUGAAAUUGUUAUUGCAGCAGGAGGAAGACAAGCAUAUCCUCUGGACUAUGUGUACCAAGGAAAGCUAGCUGUUCGGCCAGAAGUCCAUGAUCAGUCAUUUGGAUGGUCUACUGCCAAAGUCAUUGGCAAGAAUUCGCACUUUGGAUUCGAUUGGCGUGAAAUCAUGCAAAACGACAUGGUUUUGGAGUGUCCUCAACAAGAUGACGGUGUAGCAAAGAAGUAUUUCUUCCGAGCACAUGCUACUUACAACGAGAAAGAGGCAUUGACUCAGAUCUAUCCUCACAUGACCAUAAACGUGACUCCACCGUUGGAAAUCGAGAACUUGCUUCCAUUUGACAUUAACUGGAAGGUGUUCCAAAAAGGAUUCAAGACGUGGACCGGUGGUUUGAAAAAAGGAGCUACCAAAUCCAUACACGUUGUCGACAUGAAUGCCAUCUUAAUGUUGCACAUCAGACCGCUUCACUCGAAAUACAAUGAGUCUGAAGCAGGCUUUAUCAACAUUCCUAACGACUCCAGAAUCCCAUUGAGCAGAAGAUUGACUCUGAAGAGUGAAGACGGACAAAGACUUCAUUUGGGACUUCAUUACGUGAACAAUGAACGUUCGGGAUUGAAGAUCUUGAUCUAUGCCCCUUACUUGGUUUUGAACAGAACCGGAAAGGAUAUCAGUUUGAGCGAUAGAUACAACAAGAUGAUCUGCGAGGCUCAUUCUCCUGAUAAUCCUGAGCCUACCGUUCCAGGACUGUUUUCGUUUGAUUAUGAUUCGAGUGGAGACCAGAGGUUUAUGGGUGGAAACUUGGAGGAGAACCGUGCUGUUUUGCGCAUUGGCGAUUCGCAGCCAAGUCCUAACAUCAGUAUCGACAAGAUUGGACAAUCCUUUGAGGUGAAAGUGCCGUUGAAGAACAGGGAGUUAGAAAACAAUGUUGGAAUCCAUAUCACGGAAGGAGAAGGAAUUUACAGUUUGACUAAGGUCAUUAGCAUGAUUCCAAGAUAUGUCAUCAGAAACAAUCUGGAUAGUGCUAUCCAGGUUUCCAAAGUCGGAGCUUCUGGUGUGAUCCAUGUCGAGCCUGGUAAGUUCAGUCCGCUGUACGAGAUGCCUCGUAUUGACUCGAAACAGCUGCAGAUUGGUUUCUCCGGUAGCAAGUCUACUUGGUCUGCUCCAUUUGGAAUCAACGAUAUUGGUGAGAUUUACGUGAGAGUCCAGAAACUCAACACGAACGCACACAAGCUGGUUCGUGCUGUUAUCAGUACGGAGUCUGCUGCUAUCUUUAUUGACAUUCUGGAUGCCAAGGAUCUUUGGCCAUACUCUAUUCGCAAUUUCAGUGACUACGAAUUCUUCAUUUACCAAUCUGAUCCAAACAUUGAUGAAGAGGGAAGGAAAGUGUCACAGACCCCAUUCAAGCCGAUAUUCUACCGGAUUCCUCCAAAAAGUGCGAUGCCAUACGCCUGGGAUUUCCCGGCAGCCAAGUACAAAGAGCUUGUUCUAAAAAGCGGCUCCAGAGAAAGGUUUGUCCAUUUGGCUGAAAUUGGUACUUUGAUGCCAAUGAAGAUUGGCAAAGGACCGGACAACACCACUCGGAUUGUUGACUUGAACGUUGUGGCCGAUGGAACUAUCCAGUCGUUGAUCAUUUCGAACUAUGAUGCUAAGACCAGUUUGUACCAGUUGAAGUACAACGGGUCUUCACAGACGAAUGUUGGAAGCACGGCAAAUGCAGACAAGUUUGAGACCAUUGAGAAAGACGAAAACUACUACACCAAGGUUCUGGUGCGGUUCGAAGGACUGGGUGUUUCUUUAAUCAACAUGAAACAUCAAGAGUUGUGCUAUACUACCAUCAGAGGAAUGGAAUUGCGGUACAAUGAGUCCGACAUAUACCAGAACUUGAGUUUGAAACUCAAAUGGAUCCAGGUCGACAACCAGCUGUAUCCAAGCAUCUAUCCGAUCAUUGUGUACCCGACAGUUGUGCCGAAAUCAAGCACCGAAAUGAGCAACCAUCCGGCCUUCUCGAUGUCCAUCUCGCGGCUAAAGGACGAGACCCAUGGUGUCAAUUACAUCAAGUAUGCCACCAUGCUGUUGCAGGAGAUGUCUAUCGAGGUUGACGAGGACUUCUUGUUCGCAUUGUUGGACUUUUCGAAAUUCCCUGGUGCUUCCUGGAACAAGUCUGUUCGCAACGUUCUUUGGGACGAGAAUCUGCAGAUUCCAGAGCCUCCAACGGUUCGUUCUGGAAACGAUCUUUACUUCGAGGUUUUGCACUUGCAACCGCUGCAAUUCAAUCUUUCGUUUGUGAGAACCGAACGCAUCAACGCCCAGGACACCGCCGAGGCCCAGAACGCUCUUGCUGUGAUGCUCAAUAUCCUGACAAUGGCCAUUGGAAACAUCAACGACGCUCCAGUUCGUUUGGGGUCGUUGUUCCUGGAGAAUAUCCGUACUCCGUUGCCGUACCUGAUACAAAACAUUAGCGAGCACUAUCAACAGGCGUUCCUUUACCAACUGUACAAAGUCCUUGGAUCUGCAGACGUGCUAGGAAAUCCUGUUGGACUGUUCAACAACAUCAGUUCCGGAGUGAUGGAUAUUUUCUACGAGCCUUACCAGGGCUUCAUCAUGACCGAUCGGCCACAGGAAUUGGGUAUUGGACUGGCAAAGGGUGGAUUGAGUUUCGUGAAGAAGUCUGUUUACGGAUUCAGUGACAGUUUUGCGCGGUUCACAGGAUCAAUGGCCAAGGGAAUGACUGCUGCUACCAUGGACAAGAAUUUCCAGGAGCGCAGAAGACUCAUGAGACAGCGCAACAAGCCAAAACACCCGAUCUACGGAUUCACGUCCGGAGCCACGUCUUUGGUGGAAGGUAUAUCUUCUGGUAUUUCUGGUAUUGCAACAGCUCCGAUCGAGGGAGCUAACCAGGAAGGAACGGCAGGUUUCUUCAAAGGUCUUGGUAAAGGACUGAUUGGACUGCCAACCAAGACGGCUACUGGAUUGUUUGAUUUCGCCAACAACAUCAGCGAAGGUAUCCGAAACACCGCUACUGCGUUUGACGGCGAGGGGCUCGACAAGGUGCGUCUUCCGCGGUUCAUCAACUACGACGGCUCGUUGAAGCCGUACCAAGAAAGAGAGUCUCAAGGCCAGUUCUGGCUCAAGAGCUGUGAGGGCGGCAAGUACUUUGACGACAAGUACCUGGCGCAUGUUAUAUUGCCCGGACAGGAGCAUUGCGUUAUUGUCAGCAUGAAGCGGAUAAUUAUUGUGUCUAUUGUCAAGAUGAGCGUGGAAUGGGAGAUUCUUUAUGAUCAAAUUGGGUCCAUCCGGCUGGAGAACUCAGGCAUCCGCAUCAAGCAGAAGCGGUCGAUGGGCGUGGAACGGUUCAUUCCGAUCCCCGACCCGGCCGACAAGAAGUUCCUCUACAGCAAGAUUGCUGUUGCCGUGGAGGACUUCAACAAGAGCUGUAUAGUUGCUUUAUAA